GUUGCGCCGUUUAGCGCGCGAAUCCGAAGGGAACGGGCGUCGCGCGCGCACGGCCGGAGCUGUCCGCGCGCGCGGAAACGACCGUUCCGAGGCGUGUAAAGCUCGUUUAAAUUGAAAUGUCGCGUGCGGGCCCUUGUCGUAUUUUCCAGAGCAAAGCGCGGGGCGCGACGAGAAAAACGCGAAGAGGAAGUGGCCAUCGGUAGGAGCUGACGAGGCGAGACGGAGACGCCGAGCGGAGCGGAGCCGCGCCGAGCGGCGCGGGUCGAGCGAUAGGCUGCGAGGAGACGAAGGUCUCGGCCCGGCUCGGCUCCGCUCGACACGGCUCGGCUCGGCCCGGCUCGGCUCGGCUCGGCUUUGGUUUCGAAGAAGCGAUCGCGAAGCGAGCAGCAGGAAAGCCCGGUGCGGAUCGCAAGCGGUGACGAGCGGUGACGAGCGGUGGCGUGCGGGUCGAGCCGAGCGGAGCCGAGCGGAGCCGAAGCCGAAGCUGAAACCGUGGGCAAAAGUGAAGGAAGGCAGGGACUCGAGCUCGCUCGCCGUGGAAACGCUAGCUGACGACGAGCAAGCGGACGGACGGACGGCCGAGAAGGUGCGCGUGUCGUCUAGUAAUAAUCCAGGCUGGUGUCGUUUCGGCCCGUCGACGCGACCGCGCGGGCCAACUUACGGCAACGAACACGAAGACGGCGACGGCGACGGCGACGGCGACGACAACGACAACGACGCGACGACGACGGCGACGACGACUACACACGAGGGGGCACACACAGCCACGGUCCGAGCGGAAAACAAGGCCGAGACCGAGACCGUACAGCGCGGGGAUCGAAACUGAAGUGGCGAGCAAAGUCGAGACCGAAACCGAGUCCGCUUUCGAGUCCGAGUUCGGGUCCGAGCAAAUCGUUCGAAAAGCGGGUGCGCGUCUUCCCGGCUGAACGCGCGCGUGUACCGGCCGUGUAUGGACGGCGGCACGCGUGCACGAGUCGAGGAGGAAAAAGCCCUGGAUUCGUCUCGCCUGCGAUCCUCCGCUCGGCUCGGCUUCGCGAGCUCCUCCUCGGCCGGCAGCUCUCGUAUCGCCAGGCGCAAGAGAAAGAAGAGGAGGCGGCAACAGCGACGAAACAGUAACGUCGACGACGAAGACGAAUUGGUCGUCGUCGUUGCCGGCGGCGAUAGCGGCGAAACAACCACCGACGCGAUUCCCGCGUUCGAACUCUCGCAGCAGCUCCAGCAACAACAACUACUGCCGGGAGGAGAGGCGUCGAUUCCCAACGAGGAAUCGACCAAGCAGUCCUCGAGAAAUCGGUCCUCGCACAACACCAACGAGUCCCAACGAAUCGUAUCGAGAGGAGGAAGCGGCUCGCGCGCGGCUGCCUCCUCCAUCAGCUCCGGCAUCACGCUUCUCAACCGUCGACAAACCAACAAGCGAUCGUCCAGGAGAUGCAACGCGAGCGCUCGUAGGAACGCGAUGACGAUGGAUCUCCAGAGACUGAUCACCGAGGUGCACGCCAGGCCCGCGAUCUGGGACCAGAAGAACGUCAACUACCACAAUCGCGACGUCAUCCAGAAGAUGUGGCGGGAGAUCGCGAGGGUUUGCGAGGUCUCCACGGACGUCGCGAAAUCGAAAUGGAAACACUUGCGGGACAACUUUCGCAACGAACUGAAGAAGACUUAUCGAGGGAAAUGCGAGGGUGGCGGCAUCGAGCACGAUUCCAAGUGGGUUUGGUUCAAGAGUCUGUUCUUUUUGCGGGACCAAAUGAACUCCCGGGUGAUCGGUUGCGCCCUUUCGCAGAAAUGCUCGGCGAUCCUUCGGUGCUCGCCGGAAGGGACGCAGAUCGAGCCGCAGAUCGACAUUCUCGAGGGCCACGAGGAGACCCAGUUCGACGACCUGGACGGCGACUCUUGCCAGUCCCUGCUGUCGAACGACGACGGUCUUCAUCACGUUAUGCCGCCGCCGAAGCUCAACAAGAUCGGCAGAAAGAGGAGCCUGGUGAACGUCCUGGACAACGAUUACUGCGAGAUCGAUCGGGAACGGUACGAGUCGUUGCAGAAGAGAUUGGGCGUGUCCCAGGAAGAGGAGCUGGACGACACCUACCACUUCCUGAUGAGCGUUCGAAAUCCUCUGAAGAGCCUGCCGCUGGACAGGCAGAUGUUCGUCAGACUAAAGAUCCAGGAGCUCGUCUACAACGAGAUCAAUUCGCAGAAUCUGCAGAACCGAACGAUGUACGACGUCUCCCAGGACGUGAAACCUCUGAGGGUGUCCGGGCCCGCCGUCGGGUCCGGAGCGGGACCCGGUCCCGGCCCGGGCGGAGGAGGAGGAGGCGGGAAUCCCGGAAUGUCCAUCGACGGGUCCGAACAGUCCGGGACCGGCGAUGUUACCUCUCACUAUCCCGCGACGAUGCUCCAUAAUUCCGCGUCCGAGGGCUCCGCUCACGACGCCCUCUUUGGUUAAUUUAAUUCACCUUCGAAUUCUAAGCCGUGAGAAUUAUUAUAUAAUUUUAUUAAUAGAAAAUAAACGAUCGUAUUUUUUCAGUA